UCCUCAAAUGAAGAAGAACAAUAGGUGACCUCUUCGUCUGCUGCUGCGUAGGCCUAGUGCGUGCAUACUACUAUAGGCUUGAGCUUUGAGCACCAUCUAGUUCAGCUUUUUCUAACAGAUGAUGUUCUACUUUCUGUAGCAGCUCAUAUAUGCGCUCACUACUUCAUCAAAAUCCAUCAAUUUGAGCAUCGGAACCUUUAUGCUGAGAUCCAGAUCCAAAAAUCUCCUCAUUUAUACCUUUUGAUCAUCUCAAAUUACCCGAAUCUCAUCGGAUCUCGUGUCUAAAGGUUCGAUUUCACCUGAUCUCCAAACGAGCGGUCAAACCUAACACUCCGAUGGCGGGAGCCGCCUCGGCGCUCUUCCUUCUCGAUAUCAAGGGCAGAGUUCUUGUAUGGCGUGACUACCGUGGCGACGUCUCUUCCGUUCAGGCUGAACGCUUCUUCACCAAGCUUAUCGAGAAAGAGGGCGAUCCGCAAUCUCAAGAUCCAGUUGUAUAUGACAAUGGAGUCACAUAUUUGUUUAUUCAGCACAAUAAUGUUUAUUUGAUGACUGCUUCCAGACAGAACUGCAAUGCAGCUAGCCUUCUUCUCUUUCUUCAUCGCCUAGUUGACGUCUUUAAGCACUAUUUUGAAGAGUUAGAGGAAGAAUCACUGAGAGACAACUUUGUUGUUGUGUAUGAAUUACUUGAUGAGAUGAUGGACUUCGGUUACCCUCAGUAUACAGAAGCAAAGAUUCUCAGUGAGUUUAUCAAGACUGAUGCUUACAGGAUGGAAGUUACACAGAGGCCACCAAUGGCAGUGACAAAUGCUGUGUCUUGGCGUAGUGAAGGCAUACAAUAUAAGAAAAAUGAAAUCUUCUUGGAUGUCGUGGAGAGUGUUAAUAUACUUGUCAACAGCAAUGGCCAGAUUAUUAGGUCAGAUGUUGUUGGGGCAUUAAAGAUGAGAACUUAUUUAAGUGGGAUGCCCGAGUGUAAACUUGGGCUAAAUGACAGAGUUCUAUUGGAGGCACAAGGGAGGGCAACUAAAGGAAAAGCCAUAGAUUUGGAUGACAUAAAGUUUCACCAGUGCGUUCGGUUGGCCCGAUUUGAAAAUGAUCGCACAAUAUCCUUUAUACCCCCUGAUGGAUCCUUUGAUCUUAUGACAUACAGACUAAGUACUCAGGUAAAGCCUCUUAUAUGGGUAGAAGCACAGGUUGAAAGGCAUUCUAGAAGUCGCAUUGAGUUUUCUGUGAAAGCAAGGAGUCAGUUUAAGGAGCGUAGCACUGCUACAAAUGUUGAAAUUGAGUUGCCAGUCCCAUCAGAUGCUACUAAACCAAAUAUUCGAACAUCAAUGGGUUCCGCUUCAUAUGCACCAGAGAAUGAUGCACUUGUCUGGAAAAUAAAAUCUUUUCCGGGUGGUAAGGAGUAUAUGCUUAGAGCAGAGUUUACCCUACCAAGUAUAAUAGCAGAAGAUGCAGCUCCUGAAAGAAAAGCUCCUAUACGUGUAAAAUUUGAGAUACCAUAUUUCACUGUUUCAGGAAUACAGGUUCGUUACCUAAAGAUCAUUGAGAAAAGUGGCUACCAGGCUCUUCCAUGGGUAAGAUAUAUAACCAUGGCAGGAGAAUACGAGCUUAGACUAAUAUGAGAACACCCAACAAAUUAUUAUUCGGUUUCCACAUGCAAAUCCUAUCACGAGGAUGGAUAUUCUCAUCUGGUAAACCAAUGUUCUUCCUGUAGAAUUAUGUAGUUUCAACCGAUUCAAGCUUAAGAAUGUAUGUAUGAUGGUAAAAUCUGGAUGGUGAAUUCUAAUUCGUUUUUUUUUUGUUGGCAUCAUUUCAAUCAUGGAUUUAGUUUGGUUGUUAUCGUCAGUUAUGUUUAUAAGUACUUCAUGGACAACUGUAUUAUUCCAACAUAGAAGGCAUUGAAAAGUUGGAAGAGAAGAGGAAUCUUGUUUUAUUAAAAAUUCUUUAUGUAUGUAUUUGCUUCAAGCAUAUUUUGCAU